CUCCUGUCUCCCUGGUCUCUUGAGGAGCCCGGGAAGGAGGCUCAGGCUCGCGCUGCCGGGGCAGGGGCUUGCCGGGACCGGGCUGCGGCAAUCGUUAGCGGGCCAUGUCGGCUGCCCAGGGCUGGGAUCGAAACCGCCGGCGGGGAGGAGGCGGAGGCGCGGCCGGCGGGGCUGGCGGGGCCGGCGGGGCCGGCGGGGGUAGCGGGGUCGGCAUGGCCGGCGGGGGUCGGGGCACCGGCCAGCUCAACCGAUUCGUGCAGCUCUCCGGAAGGCCGCACCUGCCAGGUAAGAAGAAAAUACGAUGGGACCCAGUUAGGAGACGCUUCAUUCAGUCCUGUCCCAUCAUAAGGAUCCCUAACAGGUUCUUGAGAGGCCACAGACCUCCCCCAGCCCGUAGUGGACAUCGCUGUGUGGCAGAUAAUACCAAUCUCUAUGUGUUUGGAGGGUAUAACCCAGACUAUGAUGAAUCAGGAGGGCCGGAUAAUGAAGACUAUCCUCUCUUCAGGGAGCUUUGGAGGUAUCAUUUUGCAACAGGCACAUGGCACCAGAUGGGGACAGAUGGCUACAUGCCCCGGGAAUUGGCAUCUAUGUCACUUGUGCUGCAUGGAAACAACCUGCUAGUGUUUGGAGGUACAGGCAUCCCGUUUGGUGAGAGCAAUGGCAAUGACGUCCAUGUCUGUAACGUGAAAUACAAGAGAUGGGCUUUACUCAGCUGUCGGGGGAAGAGACCCAGUCGUAUAUAUGGACAGGCUAUGGCCCUCAUCAAUGGUUCCCUUUAUGUCUUUGGGGGAACAACUGGCUAUAUCUACAGCACAGAUCUGCACAAGUUAGAUCUCAAUACCAUGGUGUGGACACAACUCAAACCAAACAACCUGUCCUGUGACCUGCCGGAGGAGAGGUACAGACAUGAAAUUGCUCAUGAUGGGCAGAGGAUUUACAUCUUGGGAGGAGGGACUUCCUGGACAGCCUAUUCCUUAAACAAGAUCCAUGCAUACAACCUUGAAACAAAUGUAUGGGAGGAGAUCGCAACAAAACCUCAUGAAAAAAUAGGUUUUCCUGCAGCCCGAAGAUGUCACAGCUGUGUUCAAAUAAAAAAUGAUGUUUUCAUUUGUGGGGGCUAUAAUGGAGAGGUGAUCCUGGGAGACAUCUGGAAGCUGAGUCUGCAGACUUUCCAGUGGGUGAAGCUCCCUGCUACCAUGCCAGAGCCUGUUUACUUUCACUGCGCAGCUGUUACCCCCGCUGGUUGCAUGUACAUUCACGGAGGAGUUGUGAACAUCCACGAAAACAAACGGACUGGGUCAUUGUUUAAGAUCUGGCUGGUGGUACCUAGCUUGCUGGAACUGGCAUGGGAGAAGCUGCUCGCGGCCUUCCCCAACCUAGCAAACCUCUCCCGAACACAGCUUCUGCACCUUGGACUAACACAGGACCUCAUCGAACGCUUGAAAUGAGGAUUCUGGACUGUUCAUUGAUACUGGAAGUGUUAAUUUAAAGAGACUCCUUUAUUUAUGGGCAGUGUAGAGUGUGCUACAAAGAGAAUUGGUUACCCUGAUCAAGGCCUUAUUCAGAAAAUACAUCAGAUGCCUUUCGUGAAUGGGUUUAAGUUUAUGGACAUCUCACUCUCUCAUGUGCUAUCUUCUUUGCUUCCCUCCCUCCUGCCCCAGUCUGCACCCCAUAUAUGCAUUCCCUCUUUCCUGAUGGAGCUGAGGGAACAUCUGAAAGUACCUUCAUGAUGUUAGGAAUCAAGAGAGAUAAAUUGUGUGUGUGUGUUGUUUUUUCCUUAUUUUAAAGAAAUUCUAAACAUAUUGACCAUGUCAGCUAAUACCACCUAUUAAAGCAUUAUCAUCAACAAACACCAAGUUUAAAAAGCCAGCAACAAGUGGUCUGGGAGAUAGAUCGAGAAGACUGACCUGGAUAAUCUUGCAGGUUGUUCUUAAAUUUGGAUGUUGAGUUAGUGUUUCUGAGAUGUGUCUGAGUGGCUGGACUCAGACAGCAGUGGUUGACUUGGUGCAAAGAUACCUAACCUUGACGAAAGGAGAGAGUUCCCCAGCGUUUGAUUAGUGAGCCCCUCAACCUGUUGAUGCCCCCGUGGUUAGCAUUGGCCUGCUGAGACUUGGCCUUGUGUGUCAGCGUCACGUGGUUGUUGUCUUUCAAAUUAAAUGUAUGGCGUCAAGUUCUUUCUAGGCAGUUGUGAACUUCCCCUGCGCUUACUACUGGCUUUAACUAUGUCGUUAACCUCUCCACGGGGAACUGUAGAUUCUAAGUGUGUGGUGUCAGUGUCAGAGGACAGUAGAGUAGAGCGUAGCACCUGCACCCUUCAGACUUAGCUUAGCUUCUGCUUGGGCGAUGGCCUUUGACUAUCAGAGCAGCCGUUUCCUUUUAAUCUCUGGACCACGUUCUUGCAUUUUCUCAAGCAGUUGGUCCCGGAGUCCCUCCUGAGCUUCUGACCCCCUUGCUGUCUGCUUCAGUGUACACGGUGCUGUAAUUGCCUAGUCAUUAGGUCAAAGGUCUUAGGGAAGAGCACAGCUUAUCCUCCUCAAGAAAGAAGCAAGUGGCCUUUGAAAACCAGCAGGAGGAAGGAGUGAGACAGGAUCAUUUGCCUCUUUUGUGAGAGCUUUGAGUUCUCGUCUGUUGUGUUUGGAAGGAAAGUGACCUAAGUUUUCACUUGUUUUGUCUUCAGACUGCUGGAAGAGUUGUGGGAGUUGCUAGUGUCAGCCUGUGGGUAUCUGUAGGGGUAGUCAAAAUACUGGAGGCCUGCAGGAGGGCGAGCCAGACCCUCCUGCAGGCCUGUUAGGGAGGAGACAUGUGCAGGAGAUUUGGAACACUAUUUUUCCUUUAAGUGCCUCUUUUUCACCUAGCUUUAACAUUAUUCUUUUUCUUUUCACCCAGAAGAGAUCUCUUUAGUUAGUGUGGAUUUAAAGUCACCUUUGAGUUACAGUUGAAAAGUUCCUGCCCAGUGUGCAGUCCUAGGGAGGUCUUUUGACUUCUCACCACAGGCCUUCUGCUCCAUCCGGGUGGGCUGUCAGUGGAGCCUUUGCUCACAGCCUGGAAGAAGCACUUAUCUGUGAGUUUGGGUCAUUUCUGAGGAAAUGGAGCUGCUCUUCUAGGGGUCCCAUCCCCCAAAUCUCACCAUUUCCUGUUGGUGUGGCUUUGACUUCUUACCAUCAGAGGAGCCCUCUCCAGAGUAAGUCAGCCUGAGCCACUUUGUGAGUUCAAAACUUUGUGACUCCAGGCCAGGUCUCUGGACCGUGGCGGAACUACAUCCCAAACUAAUAAGCCAUGUUUUCCAGGGUGACAGAUGGAUUUUUGUCAUUGGUUUAUAUAGGGACCAAAGACUGUUCAGCUUCUGUGCUUUGACUGCCAUGGUCCUUGGAAUACAAGAAGGCCUCUGGUUCUGUUACACCAGAAAGUUGUCAAGAGAGGGCUGAUUCAAGCCACACUUGCUGGCAUCCUUUUGAAGCCUUUUGAAGGCACUCUUCUUUGAGAUAGAUGCUGGAGGCCUGACAUCAGUGACUGGAUGUGUCUUUGAGGUCCAUGUUUGGUCCAAGUGUCUUUGAAUAGAACACCAGUGGAAAUGGUGCAGGGGGCAGCUGCGCUCCUGUGCACGUGUUCUGGGUGCCAAAUGACUGUAGGUGAGGACUUAGGAAGGUGACUGCGUUCUCCAAGGGUCGCCAGCAUUGUAGUUUCUCUAGAACCAGCACUUGGACUCCUAACCUGGAGCGGGAAAGGUGAUGGCGCCUGCUGCUCCUCUGCCUCUUUGAGGUAGGCCCCGCCAUCUUCCUGUGCCCUGGAAAUGGAAGUGCAAUACUUAGACAUGAGUGGUCUGGAUAGAUUAUGUAGAAGCAAUGACUGUAGAGAGCUCCACUACCGUUUGUCUUGGGCAAGUCAGCUUAUUGCUUUAGAGUAAAAGUAUGCCAAGGAUUUUCAGUGUGAUCAUAAGCCAACUUUUGGUAAAGCUGGAUUUUUUCAAGUCCAUGUUUUCCUAUUCUAGUUCAUAAAAAAUUGCUGUUCCUUGGUUUAUUAGAGUUGAGAUAUUUUUUUUUCCCAUUCCUGUUUGUAUUAUCUUCUGUUUGCAUGUCUUGCCCAGGAAUAAGGAAGUCCACUUGAAAGUGUUGCCCAAGUGGAGAAUUAAAACCUAAUAUUAAUACAGUUCUCCUACAUGUACACUAAUUUAUCUGGGAAUUUAAUACCUUAUUAAAUGAUGCCUCCAUCACGAUAAGGUAUUUCCCACUUCACAGAAAAACUGCAAACCAGUAUAUAAUAGAUUGAAGCUCUGCCUGCUUUUCAAGGCAAACCAAACCCUUUGCACUGGCAGGAAUCUUCUUUCAGGGCCUAAUGACUUGAUAUAAAUGCUUGCUUUAUAGCAUUCGUGUCCAGCACAGAGCUAGAUUUAAAAACUAUAUAUAUAAAAUGAAAAUAUUAACAUUUCUAGAUUAAAAAAGUAUGAGACAGUGACCUUUGGUUCUCCACAGUAGCACGAUGAAAGCACAACAGACAGUUGAAAUCCACAGAUAAAUCAGGGUUUCAACUCUUCUGUUCAACCAUUUCUUUACUUAUCUCCCUCUCUAGUCCUCUCCCACAGACAUCUCCUCUUCAAGGGACUGGUAGUUAGAAAGGACGGGCAGCUCAGAGAGGGCCUGGAGCCCGCCGCCACGCCAGUGCAGAGCUGCUGAGCGCUGCUGAGAAGCCAUAGCGUCUCCCUGGGCUGCGUGGGGCCCUGAGUAUGGUCUGCUGCUGCCGAGUUCUCUGCUGCCUCCUGACCAGAGAACUCUCAGUUCCUGUGGGGAGAAAAGGCGGUGUCUCACCGAAACGGGAAACGCCAUCAUCAGAACACAUCUCUUUGGCUUUUGACAAAGCUUGCUCUUCUGGUUCUUCCUUUGGAGUCACCUUCUCCAGUCUGAUAGGCUGGUGUUCAGGAAGGGCGCACUGUCCUCGUGGACUGUGUUGGUUUGGUCACCUCUAAAACCAGUUUGGUGGUCUGUGGUCUUAUGUGACACUUACACUCUGAUGUAGCACAGAAAGUCAUUUUCCCUUUUCUCCUUCCUUGUGUUCCGGGGUUGGGCUUCAGGGUGAAUGAGGGUUUAUUGUUAUAGCCAUGCAUUUCAGUGACUGGUUAGCAUAGGUGUAAAUUCCAUUGGUCCCCGGGUACCUUAGAACUCUGGAAGCAUAGGCAGGGCCUGAAGUGGGCUCGGUGGGGGUCUGGAACCUCCAUGCGUAGUCUCCCUUCUAAGUCUGUGAGAUUUGGAAGAAAAAAAAUCUCCCCUUGUCUAGUGUCCUCAACAGAAGUUCUGAGUUGUGCUUCAAAGGUAGUGCCAUCUUCUUGGUGUACUUCCCACGUUGUUAUUUUUUUUAAACUUUUGAGAAGUUUUUUGAAGGCCCCGCUUAGUCUGCACAGGCCGAGUCAGAGGCAGUUUUCAGAGACAAGGCCACUUUCACUAAGUAUAGUGAUUGCUGUUGUACUAGUUCCACCGCAGCAGCGGGAAGAGAAGGAGGCAGCGGAGAGCACACUGACUGGUGGAGUCUCCAGGGAGAGUGCAGGCAUCUCCCUGGAGAGACUGGAGGAUAGGCUAGAAAGGAAGGAAGGCCUCUCUUUGGAGCUGCUCUGAGGCUGGGCCAGGCUGGCUCGUCCGUCCUGCAGUUGCGAGGCCGUACACAGUGCUUGCCUUACUUUAAAGCUAUUGCCACAGUCCUGUGAAAUAGUGUGGAUGUCCUUUUGCAGUCUGGUGUGCAUGCCAUGUGAUCAGGACCGCUUUUCCACCUCCCCUGGUUUCCUACAAGCAAGUAAAUCUACCCUGAAAUGUCCAGUCUGUACUUACGUACCUUGUCAGUGUUCCCUGUUGGUUUUCUAAAACAAGCUGAUCAAUAAAUCUCUACACAUACUUGGUCCAAGUC